AUGCUCUCCGAAGCAAGCCCGGGCUCUUCUUCUUCGGCUCCCAAAAGUGUCGAGUUGCCUGCUGGAACAUGCAUUGACGGAAAUCUGUCGAACCCAUACCUGUUGGCUUUCUUCAAGACAUCGCCUUCCGCAUUUCCAUCCUUCAUUGGUGCAGGCAAUGCGGCCAGCUACACUCUCGCCAGCAUCCAGGGUUCUCCCGGGUUUUUUGACGGCUUGGAAGACGGCCAUUUCACUUUGCCUAAGAGGCUUGCAUGUUCUCCGGUGCUCGACAAGGUCGACAAGUCUCUAGUCUCGCUGGUCGACAUCAGAGAGCUCAUUGAAGCACGUUACCUCCCCGUCGUGCACCGCGAGUACCCAAUAUUGGACACUCGAGACCUUGCGGUUGAACAACCCCUCAGACGCCUUGGGGUACGACAGCGAUUCAAUGUGCUCAUGGCCGCUGCGAUUGGCGGUGCCCAUGCUGCACGAAACUACCCACUGGUCCAGACCACAGCUUCUGCGUUGCGCCAUUGGGCAGAGACCUUACUAGAGCCCGUCCUCGCCGGACAAGACCGAUCAGCAUUCCAAGCACUGCUGCUUCUUAUCCUGUAUGAGCUCGUGGACCCAUCACGGGGUCUUUGUUGGAGGUUAUUAGGGAUGGCUUGUCGUCUCUGCGUGGACCUCCAGUGGCAACGUGAGGCGGUGGAUGAAAGCAAUAAAAACGAACAGCCCUCGCGAGAGACGCUAUUCUUCGCAUUCUACGAUCUGGAAUGGCAGGUAUGUUCCACCCUGGGCCGGCCAGCAAUGCUUCGAGAAGACACCAUUCGCAUCCACUCAACGUUGACGGCCCGUCAAAAGCAGCCUCGCUUCGAUGCUCAAAGACUACAAUUCCGAAUUCACGAAAAGAUCUUCCAGUGCCCCCCUUCCGACCCGAAAAAUGAGCCAAAGUGCCCCAUCAACGAAGAGCUUUUGUCGCUUAUCAGUCAACUAGAUACCACCACCGAGUUCGACAUGGCUUGGCUGCAGUUACAGGCUUUAAGAAGCCACAUCUGCCGGAGUUGCAUUACCUACGAACGCUGGAACACGGAGACCAGGAGAGCGGCCAAGUCGGUGAUCCGAACUUUGGCCAAAAUGCACCGUGAAAAUAGGCUUCUCAGCAUUUGGCUGUCGACGAGCAAGGUCAUGGUCGCUGGAACUGCCCUUUUCUGCGCCCAAUCCCCAAUGAAUAGCCCGGCACAGAACUUCACGCCUUCAUCACAAGGCUCGAACGAAAGUGCACCCAGCCUUGCGACCUGCCAUUAUUUGUUGACGGCUUUCGCUGAGACGUGGCCACCUGCAGCCCUGUAUCGAGACGUCAUCGCAAGGCUUUCACCAACAACGAUGGAGAAGUGA